AACUGUUAAUACUGUCCAAUCUUUGGGAAUACAGAAUACAUUUGGCAGCGACAUUUUUAGACGAUUAUAGUUUUUAGUUUUUCUAUUUCUACUUUCAGGCUAAUAGCCUCUCUCCUCUAGUCAGUAGUCAUUACUUGGUACUUAUAUCAUAAUACGUAUUUUUGUUUUAAUUUGCGUCGUAAUUAUUUUCACAUUAUUUAUUUUUUAAUACAUAUUCGGUGUUAGUUUACAAUUAGUGUGAAGUACGAUUGGAAGUCAUGAAUYAUGAUUAAUUACUUGUUGGAGGAGCUUGUCAUUGAUGAAACUUUGACCAGUAUUUAGUUGAAUUUCAAGUUGUGGCGCCAAUUGCAUUUUAUAUAUACCUUUAGGGGUCAUCAGGAAACUUAGCAGGACUGAAAUAGUAAACAUGGAUACUCAGUCAGUAGAUUCUAGUCGUAAUCGAUCAACUAAUCGUAAUGAAACUAUUCAACAUUUUCUUGAUAUGGAAAUUCUAUGCGAUCGAUUAAUACUGUUAGAUUAUGAAUCUUAUGUAGUGAAAUCAUUAAAAAUGAGACCAAUUAAUAGACAUUAUUUUGCUUUACAAACUAGUUCUGGAGAACAGUUUUACAUGUUUGUGUCCUUAGCCGUAUGGCUAUUAGGCAAACUUGGUAAAGAUUUAAAACAGCCGCAAGAAUAUGAUGAUCCAAAUUCAACAGUUAAUAGUAUACUAGAAUCGUCUGCACAAUUAGAAUUAUCUAUUGAUUUUCCAAUUAAUCAAUUAAAACAAGGUUUUGGAAAAUACGUCAUUGAAAUUUUAAAUGGGCUUGCAGAUUUGGCAUUAAAAAAAAAUAAUUUCCCCUACAAGAAACCGAUAUUUCCAGUUGAAAAAGAAGAAAUAGAAGAAUUACCCGAAAAUAAUGCAGAACUUUUAUUAGAACAUGUUGAAGAAGAAAUGGUUUGGACAGACUCAGAUUCCGAUGAAGAAAAUAUGCUUAAUAUUAAUGAUUUGACUACUUUAAAUAAAAAUAAAAGACAAACAUCUAAUAAAACAAAUGAGGAUUUAAAAAUUACCUUUGCCAACAAAGAAGAAUGGAACUUAGAAUUAGAACAAGUACUACCUUCAUUACGAGUAACAAUCAAGCUAGAUUACAAAGAUUGGCGAACAAGUUUGAAACAAAUGAAGGAACACAAAUUUAUGAUGAAUGCAUCUAUAGAAAAAGUCAAGCCUCUUUUGACCAAUCUUUGUAGUACAUUGGGAGAAACUAUGGAGAAAGUUUAUAGUAGAGAACAAUACUUAAACAGUUCUUUAGAUAAUCUUCUAAUAGAAUAUCGUAAUUCUCAGGAUGAACUAGCUCGAGUUGUUGAACAUUAUAAGCUUUUAAGUAAUGGUAUUGUAGAACGACAAGAUACAUUAUUAAAAAUAACUGAACAAUUAGAUAUUGUUAAGCAAGAAAUGGACGAAAGAGGAUCAAGCAUGACAGAUGGAACACCACUAAUCAAUAUAAAAAAAGCAAUAGCCACUAUUAAGUCAGAUAUUAUGGAAAUGGAUGUUCGUAUUGGUGUAUUGCAACAUGGAUAUUUUAUGACUAAAGUACAUGAAAAAUCUGCUAUUCAAGAUCCAAUGAUAAGGCCAAUAUUUCCUAGAACUGUGUUGUGAUAAUAUUACACACCAACACUUCUUCCUUGCGGUUUGCAUUAGUUACAAAUUGCUAGUUAGUAAAUAUUAAAUUUUAUGUCUUUAUGAUUCAUAAAUAAUUUGUAAAUUUUAUUUACAUAAAAAAAAUUUUGAUUGUMUACCACUUAUAAGUUUGAUGUUUUAUAGAAGUAUACCUAUUAUAAAAUUAAGUGCAAUAAAAAUUAAAACAUAUUUUUAAUAAAUUAUAUAAUAAUUUAAUUUCACAAUAUGGUAUGAUAUAUGUUAAUUUCUUACAAAAGGCUUAAAAAUUAUCUCUGGAUAAGGGAUUAACUCAAAUCUAAAUCUCUCACAACACACACGCAUGUUUCAAAUAAAUAAGAGCUUAUCAACAUUUUUUAUAAAUGUAGUAAAAAGAGUUUCUUUGAAAACAAUACAAUUAUUUAACCUUACUUUCAUGUAAAAAAAAUAUAUAUAAUGUGAAGUUGAAGUAUUUGGUUUUGAUAGUUUAAUAUCAUUGAGUAUAAAUAAACCCAA